AUGGUGCGUACAACGUUACGUAAGAAGAUUGUCAUUGUAGGCGAUGGUGCUUGUGGAAAAACAAGUUUGUUGAUAGUAUAUCAAAACGGCAAAUUUCCAGAGAAAUAUCUACCAACAGUAUUCGAGAAUUACAUUUCUCGGGUUGACUUGGAUAACAAGCCCGUUGAGCUUGCUUUGUGGGAUACAGCAGGUCAAGAAGAUUACGACAGACUACGUCCUCUCUCUUAUUUUGAAACAGAUGUCGUGGUUAUAUGCUUUGCAGUGGAUAACAUGAACUCGUAUCAAAAUGUCAGGGACAAGUGGUUACCUGAAGUGAAGCACUAUUGUGGAAAUAACGUAUCAUUAGUUUUAGUGGGGCUUAAAAUUGAUUUACGAACGGAUUCAAGCGUCACCAUUAGCCAUCAGCAGGUAUAA